UUUAGUGAGGAGGUGGCACAAACCGCUUACAUGUGAGAAAGUGAUCUGAGUCAUUAAAACGACGAGAGAGAGAAACAAUCAACCAAUCCCCAGUCCCCACUUCUCAUGAUUGGUCGGGAAGAGGGAAACGACGGCUUCCCAAUGGCGACGGCAGCGAUGAAGAAACGGAGAAUCGAAGAAGAAGAAGAGGAAGAAGAAGUAGUGUCAAGUCAAAUCCCAGAUGAUAAAGAAGGUUUAUUAGAGUUCAUGGACCAGCGUGCCAAAUCAAUCCAACGCUGUAAAGACCAGAUUUCAAUCCUCGAGAGAAAGCUUGCUGAAGAGAGAAACUUGAUGGCAGAUGCGGAGACAAAAUUUUUACAACUUGAUCGAGUUGAAACUGAUACCUUCUCUAAGGCAAAACCAAAGAUGCCUGGUAAAACUGGAAGUUUACUUGAUAAGGCGAUGAAGACUGCUGCUAAUGGAACCUCUACUCCACAUGUGCGUGGUGAUGAGAAGAUGGUGUAUGAAACCUCUCCUCCACAUCCACGCGGUGAGAAGGAUCCUUCGUUGAAGUUGCCGCCCAUUAUUUUACCGCCUUCUUUCAAGAGGAAAGCUUCUGCACAAGCUCAGCCAGCGGUUACAAGGAGCUCUAGUUUCCCGAGGGAAGAAGGCAGGAGGUCGCAUGCCAGUAUAUCUAAUGGAGUGGUGAGGAAAGCUUCUGCGCCUGUCAGACAAGAAGUGAAUGAGACCGCACAACAAGCGCAGCCAGCGGUUACAAGGAGUUCUAGUUUCCCAAGGGAAGAAGGCAGGAGAUCUCAUGACACUAUAUCUAAUGGAGUGGUGAGGGAAACUCAAGCUCGAGAUAACCACAUUGAUAAUAAGGGUUUUGCUAAGCCAAAGAUCAGAGUUUCUUCUAACAUUUCUGGACAAGCUCGACAGGAGAAGUCCGAGUUCCAUGGACAUGAUGAGUUGAUAGCGCUUAUAGGUAGGAGUUCUUUGCGUCCAACUAUUAAAAGUCGUACCGAAGCUAUGCUACCAAGUGGCCACACGAAAAGAAUGAGAUGUCUUGCUGUUUCUCUUUCUAACCGUGAUCUUUUUGCUACAAGUGCAUUGGAUGCAGUUGUUCAUUUUUGGAAGCUUCACUCUAAUAGGUCCUCGGCUACUCUGAUCAAUACGGUUAAUCGGGUAGGAUUAGAUCAGAAGAGAUGGGCAGAAGAUAUAGCUUGGCAUCCUCACAGAAGUGAACUUUUCUCUGUGUAUACCGCAGAUGAAGGUCAUGCUCAGAUAUCAGCAAUAUAUCUGAACGAAGGUAGAGAGAGUUGUGAGUCGAAAUUUCUGAAGGACAGGCCUCACAGCAAAGGACUCAUCAACAGAAUCAUGUUCACGCCUUGGGAUGAUCCUUGUUUCAUCACAGGCGGGUGUGACCACGCAGUAGUGUUGUGGCGUGAACAACAACGUGAGCGCAACGCAUGGAAGUCGAGGCUUCUGCACAGGGACUUGCACUCGUCAUCUGUGAUGGGAGUUGCUGGAAUGAGCCAUAAGAAUCUCGUCUUGUCAUGUGGAGACGACAGGAGAUUCGUCGGGUUCGAUGCACGAGCAGAGAAAGCCACGUUUACGCAUAGACUAGACAACAGAUGCACAAACUUGCUGCCUAACCCGCGAGAUGUUAAUCUUGUCAUGGUCCACACGAGGCAGCUAGACAGGCAGCUUCGGUUGUACGAUGUGAGAUUGCCUCAGACGGAACUGUUUUGUUUUGGGUGGAAGCAAGAAAGCAGUGAGUCACAGUCGGCUCUAAUCAACCAGUCUUGGUCUCCGGAUGGUUUGCACAUCUCGUCUGGCUCUUCAGACCCUGUGAUCCACAUCUUUGAUAUCCGGUACAAUGCACCUAGCCCGUCUCUCUCGGUCAAAGCUCAUAAGAAGAGGGUGUUCAAAGCUGAGUGGCAGUCUUCUCAGCAACUAGUCUCCAUCUCGACAGAUUUAGAAAUUGGGAUUCACAAGCUAUGGUGAAAGCCUCGCAUCGUUAAUCAAACCUGUUUAGUCUUUAAUGUGAAACUGUAUCUAGAAGUUGGUGAGUGCUGGAUACAAAAAAAACUGUAUCUAGAAGUUGCAUAGUUUUGAGUCUUGAUGAUGUUUAACUUUUUUGGUACAUAUUGGAAAAUUGUAGCUAUGUACA